AUGUCCACUUACACAGCAGCACCAGUCAUUAUUGACGCUAAGGGACACCUCAUGGGUAGACUCGCCAGUGUCGUCGCUAAGCACAUGCUCAACGGCAACAAGGUCGUCGUUGUCCGUUGUGAGGAGCUCAACCUGUCUGGUGGCUUCUUCCGUAGGAAGUUGGACUACAUGAAGUUCAUGCGUCUUCGUCACUUGGUUAAGCCUUCCAAGGGUGGUCCAUUCCACCACAGAGCUCCUUCCCGUAUCUUCUUGAAGAGUGUUCGUGGUAUGAUUCCUCACAAGCUCGCAAAGGGUGCUGCUGCUAUGCAACGUAUCAAGGUGUUUGAGGGUGUCCCACCACUUUACCAAUCAAAGAAGAAAAUGGUUGUUCCUCAAGCUCUUCGUGUCUUGCGUCUCAAGCCAGGCCGUAAGUACUGUACCCUCAAGCGUUUGUCCUCAGAAUUCGGUUGGGCACACGCUGAAGUCGUCGACAAGCUCGAGGCUAAGCGUAAGGCUAAGGGUGCUGCUUACCACGAACGUAAGGCUGCUGCUACCAAGCUCCGUGCAAACGCUUUCAAGGAUGCUCCACAAAACGCUAAGCUCGCUGAGUUCGGUUACUAA